CGAGUGUUGCCGCUGUGCAACCCUGGAGCACGGCAAUGGACCGGCGUGACUUCUCCAAAGUGCUGGACGACAACUUGGUUCACUUCAGAAGGCAGCUCUUGGCCGCCACCUUCCCCAGGGAUGGAGCCAAAGGAACCGAGGACCGCUCGCCUGAGCGGCCCUCAACGCCCAAGCGGCCGCAGACGCCGAAACCAAAUCUGAACCUAAUGGAGAGCGGGACUCGAUCAACCCGGCUGCAGCCGGAGCUCGAAGUUCCCAAAGUGGCCCGGGAAGCGUCCAAGGGUCGGAACUCCGUGACCUUCCGACAGCGGCCGAAGGAGCUGGAAGAUGCUUGUGUGGAGACCACCAAUAGCCAAUCCCUUCGUUUCGAGUGGCAAGAUCCCACGCAGUCGGCGCAUUCCGCCAACUCGGACACCUCCCUGAACUCUGACACCAGCCUGGGCAUCCCUGUGCUUCCUGGGCAGGGCCCCAUUAGUGCGGCACCCUACCUGCGGAGUCGGCUACAGGGGCUCAGCAAUGAGGAGCAGAAGGCCAUCCGACGGCGCUUGCGGCUGCGUUUGGGUGCGAUCAGCUCAACCAAGUUGGUCUCUGGGCGUUCGCUGCAUGACGCAGUGUGCUCACUGGGCUUGACGAGGUAUAGCCUUGAAGAGAUGAACGAUAUCGUGAACCUGCUGGCAGCCUUUAUCGGUCUGCACUUCCAUCAGAGUGAGAGUGCGAAUCGUAUCUCAGACAAGGUCUUUGCCAGCUUGACAGAGGAUCUGCAGAAGUUUGGUACGCCCGUUUGGGAAUGGCCCCAUUUGCGUGAGAGUACCUUCUCCAACUCUUCGAUCCAUCGGAGUCAGACGGCUUUGGGAUUGAUCGACAAGCCGGCAAGCGUGGAGUACAACGUGGUGCCUGCUCAGGCGCUCAUGGAGCUCUUCCUAGCGGAGGAAGGCGACAUCCACAAGCGGAUCUUGGGCAGCAAACUGCUGAAGCCCUUCCACGCGGUGCGAGAGAUCCUCCUCGCCGGCGACACCAACCGCUUAGUCGCGGAGCUCACCUUUGUCCGCAUCAACGAUCUGGCUGCGCCACCAGAGCCUUUGCACCCCUUGGUGAUUCUGGAGCCAUUUGUGGCCGUGUUGAUUGUGUGCAAUGGAAUCAUGAUUGGCUUUCAGACGGACCCCGCGUGGGCAGACUGGGAGGGCUGGGGGCCCAUGGAGGCGGUCUUUGCCAGUUUUCUGGUGCUGGAGAUCUUGACCCGGAUGCAUUUGCUGGGCUGCCGUGGUUUCUGGUGCUGGGUUUGCAAGUGUGGGGAUUGGACAGCAAGGUGGGGUGAAGAAACCAGCUGGAACUUCUUCGAUCUCUUUCUGGCCAUGACGGGCUGUGUGGACAUCAUCGUGCAACAAGUGGGGCAAAUGGACUCCGGGAUCUUCGGGACCUCGUUGCUCAGGUUUUGUCGCUUGAUCCGAUUGGUGCGCAUCGUCAAGGUCUUUAGGCUUAAGGCUAUGAGGGACCUCCGGCUUAUGGUGAAGGGUCUCAUCGCUGGCAUCCGAACCUUGAUACUGGCUUUCACGCUUCUGUUCUCCGUGCUCUAUGUGAUUUCCGGCUUUGCUACCAUGACCAUUGGGAGCUAUCCGGAGACCAAAGAUUUACAGCUGGAUGGAUAUUUCAAGUCCCUGCCCCACUCCAUGUUCACAGCGUUCCGUUGCUUCACUGGUGAGUGCGUCAACAACGAGGGACAUUCCAUCACCUCCAAAAUGUCCCAGGAGUAUGGUUUGUUCUUUGAACUGCCUUAUGUCAUGAGCUACAUGCUCGUGAGCAUGGGUAUUUUCAAUGUCAUUUUGGCCGUGUAUGUGGACAUCACCAUGAAAGCGGCGAAGGAGAAUGAAGCGCAGACGGCCGAGCAGCACGCGCGGGAAUCCAUUCGCAUUGCUAGAACCACCCGAGAGCUGCUGAAGAAGUUUGCUGCGGCCUAUCACCUGUACCAAGAGAUGGAAGAGAACAGCACGACGGAUCGCUUGGAGAUUCGAGCAUCUGCAGCACUCUUCACUGAUGAUGAGCUACAGGAAAACAUCGAAAUCACCAAGGAGUUGUUCUUGCUAGUGAUCCAGGACCGGGACGUGCAGAUGUUAAUGGACGACUUAGAUCUGCCUCCGGAUCGGGCCAACCUCUUCGAGAUCAUUGAUGCAGAUGGUAGUGGCACACUCCACAUUGCAGAGCUGGUUCAGGGUUUGCUGAAGAUUCGGGGAGAGGUGAACAAGAGCGACACUGUGGCGGCCUUGUUGGCCACGAAAGCAGCGCAGAACAUGCUCCUGGAGACCCGACACCAAUUGCUGAACAAUCUGGAUGAACUAAAAACAGAACUGCUUGGACUCAUCUAUGAGCAGCAGGUGAAGAUGCGCAAGGCCUUGGCCACGAUCAGCUCCCCAGCGACCACGCCCGAGCUGAACUCCAUCAGCCGGCCACAGCACGUGGCCAGCGGAGCGGCGGCCAGACUGAAGCACUUUGACCGCGAGACCUCAAGGUCGUCCUCGGAGAGGGGGUCGCCUGGAUGGACCGGUGACGUUUGGCCUUUGGAAACCAUGAAGUUGCCUCGGAGACCGGAAGCCGUGGUGGAAGAAGAGGAUGCCAUUCCGGCACCUCCAACUCUUGAUUGAGGGACCGCCCAAACGGGUGCGUUUCACGCGGACCGCGCGGACGGGCAAACACGAAUGCACUUGUGAGGCGAACGCCUGGCCUGGCG